CACAAUUCCUUUCAUCACAUCACGUCCCUCCGGCAGUUGUACCACUGCAGCAGAAGAUCGUCAAGAUGAUUUCCUCGUCGCUGAAGGCAGCUGCACUGGCUCUCUUGGCAGGGGCACACGUGGGCGUGUCUCAGUUCACCGACUCGUGCGACGCGUCCGCCGUGGAUGGGUACGAUUUCGAGGUCAUGCCAGAGGAUGGCUAUGAGAUCCGCUGGACGUUGAACAACGACACCAAGAUGAUAGCGAUCCAGAUGGUCACAUCGUCGGUGGCUUGGGCUGGCAUCGGGUUCCCUUCCGUAGAUCUGGACCUGGUUGGAUCCGACGUCAUCAUCGGGCUCCCGGACAACUCUUCCGUGUUGGAGUACGAGGUCUUGGGAGAGACGGCGGAAGAGGUGGUGGUGUUCGAGCAGCAAGACAUCACGGAAGCCUCGAUCGUUCAGGCCGACGGCAGCACUACCCUCUCCUUCAUCCGACCCCUGUCCCCGGGGGGCAACAAGCAGAACAUCUCGUACGUAGCGGGCGACGCGACCAAGCUAAUCUUCGGCCAGGGCGCGGACAACGAGCUCGGCGUCAUCAGCGACGUGACGUGGUCGGGCAUGAGGGUGGACCUCUACUGUGGCACCGGCGGCAUCGCCGCCCUCGCCCGAACACCGGCCCCGACCGUCGUCGGUGGAGGCACGGGGGAAACCCCUGCGCCUACCCUGGCGCCUACCGCGGCGGCCGUCGCGGAGAACGGGGCGGCGGACGGGGAGACGCCCGCGCCUACCCCGGCUGACGGCGACCGGGGGAUAACGACCACGGACGGGGAGACCCCCUCGCCCAGCGCAGAGGCCGACGGAGUGCCGGCAACGGAGGGCCCAACAACCGAGGCUGGCGGCCAGGGGGACUCGGACGGCGCGUUCCACGCCGCCGCUGGGGCCGGGUGGGCGGCGAUGGCGGCGGCAGCGACUGGCGUAGCGACGGUGCUGGCCGCCUUGUCGCUGUAACCAACCGGCGUCGCGCAGGCUUAAGAACAUGCGUGCCUUUAGUUGCUCUUGAGGGGCGGCGUGGUGAGGACCCUAGGAGUUCUGCGGGGUCUUGCUGCCCUCGAAGAAGAUCGUUGCCGCCUGCGCGCGUGCUUUACCAACCGGACGAAGUAGAUAAUAGAUGAGAGUCUCGUGGAACGCCUGCGGCGUUGCUUGGCUCGUUGUGCAGCCAGUGUUGGGUCGGGUUGGGUUGUCGGUGUUGGUGGUCGGUGUGGGGGGAAAGGGAUAUGUGGUGGAUGUGUCACGCGGGCAGCUAGCUCUGGUCGCCUUUAGCCCUUUUACCACAGCGCGCCCGUGGGGUGACAUCAAUCAAGACUGCUGCUGCUCUUCACGAUUCGUUCCGUCUUUUGAUCUUUAUAUUUGUUUCGUGUUUUGUGCCGCUCGUCUUUGUUCGGGGGUUCGAUGACUGCGUCAAGCGACCGGGCGCGCCCAUGCGUCACCGGAACCUCGGCUGUGUUGGUGCGCUGUGACGCUGCACGCGUGAACCGCAACCCUCUCUUUUUGUCUUUUUUUCCUUUAUUUUUUUCUUGUUAUUGGUAGAUCGUUCCUCCCCGUUGUACUGGUGUCUCAUCGUCUCGUAGUUUUUUCUGGAGUCUCGAUGUUUUCGUCUGCGACCCCGGAUCUUUGAGAUGACCAUUGGUGAUUUUUUCUUGUCCCAUCACUCGUAGGUCUAGAAUCAGGCCGGGUAGUUCCGCUUGAGAUUGUCGCGUGCCUUCGUCACUUGACUCCUUGACCGCACCCCCCGUGUUCGGUAGGGUACCAUGAUCGAUCUUGUCUUGUGCUGGACUAAAUCUGGUGCUUUCCAUGUAUACUGAGAACACAGAAGAAGCAGUUGGCGUCCGGCUCUUUGGAUGGAUUUGUAGAGGUCCGUAUUUUUGGUCCUGUGGCUAGAAUUUCGCGGUGGUCUCGUCGGGGCCUGCUUGCUCGUGAAUUGAGGGAUGAUAAGAUUUGAUUAUCGCUGUAGGUUUCUUUCUUUCGUGUUCGUACACAUCGCGAGGCGGUUGCAGAUUGCAGAUGCCAGGGAAACCAUGGCCCGCACAAAUAGCUUGUAGCUUGUACCCAGUUUAGUGCCGAUCACAUUUUGGUUUUUUUGAUCAGCUGAACCCGGGGACGGCGGGUGCCGCGGAUCGGAGACAAGCGCGAAAAAUACGCACACCGUUAAGAAGAAAAAAUCCUUUGAUUGAGUUGUGCGUGAGUGUCGAACGAAUGCCAACAACAAUAUUUGGUUGUUUGUUGAAUGUGUCCCGACAGACUGAAGGGAGUGGUUGCCUUGAUAUCGCAAGCAGCGGGGAACAAUGUAGAAUAGAUCAGAAUUGAAAACAAAUGUUGAGAUUGAAGUUUAUUCGCUUAGUUAGAGACAGUAUGUAGUGACCCCCCGCAUUAACGCCUCUCUUACCAUCCGU